AUGCUCAAUCGCAGAGAUGAUAAUGGGUGCUGCAGUCGGACUUUCCUCAAGUCAAUUAUGGUUGCAUUCAACAGUUUCUUCUGGCUGAGCGGACUGGCCUUUCUCCUGUGUGGUCUGGGCAGCCUCCUCCUCCGCCACCACUACAUCAGCCUACUGGACAGCCAUCUGUUCCCCAUCACCACUUACCUGUUUAUAGCCAUCGGAGGAGUCAUACUUCUGGUGGGGAUCCUCGGCUGUGUCGGCACCUUGAAAGAGUUGAGAUGUUGCUUGAUUUUUUAUGCAUUUGCCCUGAUGUUUGUGUUCCUGCUGGAAACAUGUGCUGGGGCCUUGGCAUAUAUGUACGAGAGCACCAUACAUGAGGAGCUGACGAGGAACCUCAACCAGACGAUUGCCAGCAAGUAUUACCUGGACACAGACGUCACUAGAGCAGUGGAUCACAUGCAGUCUACUUUUCAGUGCUGUGGAGUUAGUGGCGUCAGCGACUGGGAGUCUUCCUUGUGGGCAGCCGAGAGGAGGUUGAUCAAUGACACCAUUGCAGUGCCCAUAUCCUGCUGUAUCGCACAAAACAGCUCAUGUGCCAGUUUGUCCAAUGUCUUCCAAGAGGGCUGCGUGGUGGAACUUGAGAAAUUUAUUAGGCUGCACCUGAUUCUCAUAGGAGGAGUAGCACUGGGUCUGAGUAUACUUCAGAUAUUUGGCAUAGUGUUUUCUUGUUGUCUGGCACAGAAGGUCAAGGAGGAGAUUGAUUUGUAA